CUCGUGGAUGUUCGCUAUGCGUGAAUUUCACGAAACACACACGAAAAGCAGUGAACAGCGCUGGUUUCAUCAAUCGAAGUUACAUUUUCACCGCAUACGGACCUGUGUCGAAACAUUUCCCGGCCGCCAUUUUUUGCAGUGAGCUAUUUUUUUCCGAUCAGAUUAAAUGGAAUCCUACAGAAAGGAUGGAUUUUUCCAACAAUUCUGCGAAACUAUGCGCAAAGGUAUCGGACCGAACGAGUUCAAUGAUUUUGCCCAGUUGGAGACUAACGAGCAACGUUUCGAGUUCAUAAAUGCACUGAAAUCAAUCGUCAGCGAGCUCAAGUUGGCACGUGAGUUCAAAGGAAAAAACUUGGAGCAAUCGCUGAAUUUCAAAAAUCUAGGAAAUAAGGCGUUCCAGAAGGAAAGCUGGGCCGAGGCGCUAGCGCAUUAUAAUUUGUGUUACUUGGCUACUCCGGAGUGCAAUGAAGCAGAGAAAGCAAUCAUACUAGCGAAUAGAUCUGCAGUUCUUUAUCAUUUGGAAAAAUAUGAUCAAGCAUUGAAAGAUAUUCAACGUGCAAUUGAUUAUAAUUAUCCAAAGGAUCUCAUGUACAAACUAACAGAACGAAAAGCUCGUUGCUAUCUUGGCAAGAAGGAUCAUGUCAAAGCUCUGCAAUGUUUCAAGGACACGCUUCCAGCACUAGACGAAUGUAAACUUCCACUAGAACGUCGACAAAAGCUCGAGAGAGAUGCCCAAAUCAUGAUCAAACUGCUACCGAAAAACAUAGAAGCUGAGGCUAAACUGGCGAAGAGCAAAAAAACGACACCAGCCAAUCCCAAAUAUCCUCCGCAACCCGAAAACUACAUUGAGAAAGGGCUGCACUUCGACUAUACCCAGGAAGAGGGUCGCUUCGCCAAAACGAGUGUGGACAUGAAACCGAAUGCAAUUAUUCUGUUAGAGAAGCCUCACGUUUCCGUUCUACUUGAGGAGUACAGUUUGUCCCACUGCAGUACUUGCUUCAAACGCGUUACAAUCCCGAUUAGUUGCCCUAAGUGCUCCGACGUCAUAUUUUGCUCCGAGGCAUGCGAGAAAAAGGGUAACUCGAGCUAUCACAAGUACGAGUGUGGGUUUCUGCCCAUAUUUUGGAGGUCUGGUGCAUCGAUCACUUGCCACAUGGCACUGAGGAUGAUCACACAGAAGUCGGAGGAUUAUUUCAUGGGCUUCCGUAAUGAAUUACCUAUUUUAACUAACGACGUGACAGAUAAGCUUACCAACGAUGACUAUCGAAAAGUGUACAAGCUGGUAACUCAUGAAGACAAACGCACACCUGAGGACUACUUCCAGCGAACGAUAAUGGCAACCUUGCUGAAUUCCUGCUUAACGCUUGGGGGAUUUUAUAAAUCUAAGGAAGCAGAAAGCUUCAUAGGAGCUCUGCUGCUGCACAAUUUGCAGCUUCUACAAUACAAUGCCCAUGAAAUCUCCGAGCUCCAACGCGAAAACGAACGUGACAUUGGGAAAUCCACGUUCAUUGGUGGUGGUCUUUACCCGACAUUAGCUCUGUUCAAUCACUCUUGUGAACCCGGUGUCACGCGCUACUACCGAGGAAACUCCGUAUGCGUUCGUACUGUGAAAAGCAUCCCGGCCGGAUCGAUGGUAGCAGAGAAUUACGGGCCAUUGUUCACUCAAGAAUCUCGCGAGCAGCGCCGCAGUACUCUGUUAAAUCAAUACAAAUUCACGUGCAACUGUCGUGCGUGCAGCGAAAAUUGGCCUAAAUUUGUGGAUAUGGACUCCAACGUGCUGCGCUUCAAAUGCGACGGCGGUAAGAUCUGCAGCAAUGUUUUGGAAAUUCCAGCCGAGAUAAAUGAGUUCAUGGUGCAAUGUACUGAAUGUGGACAGCAUACGAACAUAAUGAAGGGGCUCAAGUCGUUACAAGACACGGACAUGCUUUUCAAGUCAGCAACUAAAUUACAUGACGCCGGUGAAUACGAGUAUGCACUGCGAAAGUACGUUGAAAUGAUCAAUACGUUGGAUGAAGUUUUGGUUCCGCCGUAUCGAGAUUUUCAUCUCUGCCAGCAGGGACUGCGAUCGUGUAUGCUGGAAUUCGGAAAUAGAUUUAUUAGAUCGGCUUACAAGAAGUAGAUUUUCCUUUAAAAAUGUGUUUUAUUUGAGUUCUAUUUAAAUAAAUUUUCGAAAAAAUAACCGUA